AUGAGGGCUUCAUCUUGUAGUCCCACGCGACUGCUCGAUGAAGAAAGCAACCUAGAAGAGGACAUUACUGGCCACGUUAGUGGAAAUAAACAACAAGAAAACAUUGGCACCACAUCCGACAACGAAUAUAAUCGUGUGGAGGACAGGCAAUAUACGGAUGAGGACAGCGAGCGCGAGCCAAGUCGUGAGAGUUUUGACCGUGGUAAUAGACAGAGAACCGACGAGCAAGAGGAAGACUAUGGGCCACCGCAAGAAGAGGAUGAGGUGGAAGAAAUAGUGAUAGACGACCAAGAAGAUCAGGAUCGUCUGCAAGGGUUCUUUAAGCGGCCAUGGCGCCCAGAAAAUCGAAGGCCAGAGAGUUUGGCAGGGCAGCAAGCGGCCAGGUCGCCAGCCGUACCCAGCUCGCCGAGGCCGGGUUCAUCAAAGGCGCGUACCCCAGAGCCCCGUAGUCUAAGGUCGAAUGGUAGUAAAGAACCUGUACCGUUGGUAGUACCACAAGAGGUCACCGAAGCUCUUUCCAGCUGGUUGAAGAAAGGAGUGCCAACUGACGAAUCUAAAGCAAUUUCAAAGAGGAUUCCGCUUGUUGUGGACAAAGAAUUUUCGUUAAGACCACCCAAACUCGACGGCUACAUGUACAGACGGGCAAAGGAUAAAGGGAAGUUAAAGGCAGUCAAUGCGGCGGAGGAGUCGCUGGUCACGACGCAACUCAAGAUCAUGGAUAUUGGCCCGCCACUCAUAGACCUUUAUACCCGCAUUCUUUCCCUCAGUGAUGGAGAAUCGGAAAGAAAAGCCCAGGAUUUGGUAAAGGACGCACUACAGCAGUGGUCUCGCGCCUAUCACCACAUUACCCGGCAGAGAAGGCGAUCGGUGGUUGCCUUAGUGGAACCCGGUUUCGACUUUCUUGCAGCUGACCCUGAAGCGUUUGCACCCGGAAAGGAGGCUCGAGAGAUCCUUUUUACGGGAAAGUUCCUGGAGUCGAUGCUUAAAGAAGCAUCGCAGGACGCAACAUUGGCUAAAACCUCGAAGACCAAGACAAAGCAAGUGGGUGCUAGGUUGAUAGCUUUUGCGGAUCGUUGGACAGUGGUAACGGACGAUCAAUGGAUCCUCGAUAGUUUAGCGCAUGGCGUUAAACUCGAUUUCAGCUUUUCACCUAUCCAACGCACAAUUCCUGUCCCUGUUGUCAUGUCCAAAGAGAUGGAGGCAGUGUGUGACAGAGAAGUGAGGGAUCUUGUCAGAAAGCGGGCUAUUAGAGAAAUCACCGACGGGUCGGAAGGGUUCGUUUGUUCUUUAUUUGUGAUUCCCAAAAAAUCGGGUGGGUUUAGGCCUAUCAUUAAUCUGAAGCCCUUAAAUCAAUUUAUUCGGUACGAACACUUCAAGAUGGAAAAUCUAGAAUGGGCUCGUUUUCUUUUACGAAAAGGGGAUUGGAUGGUUAAACUAGAUUUAAAAGACGCCUACCUGACGGUGCCGGUUUUUGCUACCCACCAAAAGUUUUUGCGGUUCCAGUGGAAGGGGCGUUUAUUCCAAUUUGCAUGUCUGGCCUUUGGUCUGGCUUCCGCGCCAAGGAUUUUUACAAAAAUUCUCAAGGUUGUCAUGGGUUUUUUAAGAAAAAAGGGCAUAAGACUGAUAAUCUAUUUGGAUGACAUCUUUAUUUUGAAUGUGUCUGGAGAAAGCACAUUAGGGGAUCUUAACGUGACCAUCCGGUUGCUAAAACAUCUGGGUUUUUUAAUAAAUUGGGAAAAAUCCGUGUUGGUCCCUACGCAAGUCCUAGAGUAUCUGGGGCUAGUAAUCGACUCGGUUCGAUUGUCCUUCGCCUUGCCAAACAUCAAAGUAAAAGCAGUUAAGGAGAUGUGUGAGGCGGCGCUUGCGGCGGAAUCAAUUUCUUUGCGAAAGAUUGCGUCUAUCAUGGGCAAUUUUACCUGGGCGAUCCCAGCGAUUCCAUACCCUCAGGCGCAUUACCGUAGAUUGCAACGGUUCUACAUCAAACGAGCGCAAUCGGCCAAUUUCAAUUUGAAGACUAGAUGUUCACUUUCAGCGGAAGCUCGGGAGGACCUGGAAUGGUGGGUGUUUAAUCUAAACAAAGCGCCAGAUAAAAUUUUCUUUCCCCACACACCAGAUCUCGAGAAUUACACAGAUGCGUCGCUAUCAGGUUGGGGUGCAUGCUGUGAUGAAAUCAGAACGAGAGGAUCUUGGACGCUAGCAGAUACAAAAAAGGACAUUAACGAGCUCGAACUAUUAGGAGCGUUGUUUGCGGUACAGGCGUUCGCUGCUCAGUCUAAGAAUAUCUCAAUUAGGGUAUUCUUGGACAAUUCGACAGCUGUAGCCUAUAUUAAUCAUUGCGGGGGUUCUCGAUCUCAGGCCCUGACUAGCGUAUCUGCCCAGCUUACAACUUGGUGCGAGAACCACGGCAUAUCGUUGGAAGCGGUUCACGUAGCGGGCAAAUUAAAUAUCGUUGCGGAUGAAGAGUCACGGGCCGGGCCUGACGCCGGGGAUUGGAAGUUGGAUCCGCGCGUUUUCAAGUGCAUUCAGGAACUAUGGCCGUCAGUCGUUGACGUUUUCGCAACACCUUGGAACGCACAGCUUCCAUCAUUUAUUUCAUGGCAUCCGCAACCUGGCGCAAUGGCAACAAACGCCUUUUCAGUCAAUUGGAAAGGGUUGUUGGCUUACUGUUUCCCACCAUUCGCCCUAAUUUUCAAAUGCUUAGAAAAAAUCAGGCGGGAAAAAUCUGUAGUGGUUUUUGUUUGUCCAGUUUGGAUAGGUCAGCCGUGGUUCCCGUUAUUGCUGGAGCUCCCGUGCGACGUCCCACGUCUUCUUGCGCCGUCUCAGAGCCUUUUGAUAUCAGCACUGGACGAAAGUCACCCGCUUACCUGGAACAGCGCGCUACACUUGGCCGUCUGGAAGCUGUCAGGAGACAGUACCUUGACCGAGGAUUUUCGACAACGGUGGUCGACUUACUCAUGGCCGGAAUUAGGCCCAACACCCAAACCGCUUAUGAGUCAGCAUGGAGAAAUUGGGUGCAUUGGUGAAUGGGGAGGCGUUCAAAUCCCUUCCCAAUUGUUAUAG